GCGAGGUAAACAAAGGAGACUUCAGAUGAACGGCAGCGACCCAGCCGAGGGUGAUAACUACUGGAUGAUCUUGUCUCAACAAACGCGUCCGGACCAGAGGCUGACUGUGGGGAAAAGGCCACUCUGAAGCGAAUGAAGAAACUUCUAAUCUUUCACUUCACAUACAGAGGACUUCUAACGAGAGGAAAAAAGAGUAAAAGAAGAAAAUGGACUAUAAAUUACGAAAAGCUGAACCCAGGGACGUGUCUGAUAUAUUACGACUGGUGAAGGAGCUCGCCAAAUACGAAGAGAUGGAGCACCAGGUGACACUGACUGAAAAAGAACUCCUUGAGGAUGGAUUUGGUGACACCCCGUUUUACCAUUGCAUCAUCGCUGAAAUCCAAGGAGAGACCAGCAGUGACGAUCCGAAGGUGGUCGGUUUUGUCAUGUACUACUUCACUUAUGACCCCUGGGUCGGCAAACAGCUCUACCUGGAGGAGUUCUACGUGAUGGAUCAGUACAGAGGACUGGGCAUCGGUUCGGAGCUCCUGCGCCACAUCAGUGAUCUGGCGAUGAAGACGCGCUGCACCGGCAUGAUGUUCGUGGUCGCGGAGAACAACGAGCCGUCCGUCCAGUUCUACAAGCGGCGCGGCGCCGAGGACCUCUCUCAGGAGGAGGGCUGGAGGCUCUUCAGGUUCGACAAGAACAGCCUGGUCAAGAUGAGCACUCCGGCCGAGGAGUGAAGGCGGUCCGGCUCGCACCAGAGGAGCGGGAGACACGAGAGUCCGAGCUGGGGCGGAGAGUUUGGCUGCUUUUUCUGACGAGUCAUUUAAUUGAAUCUGAUUUUGUCGCCACUGUGAGCUCUCGUGUGCGAGGGUACGCGGUGGCGGCGCUGCAGCAGCCUGCUCAGGAAUCAAGUCGGCCUCUCUGCGUCUCCUCUCCAGUCAGACGAACAAGUUCAGCUUUUCAAAAAGGGGAAAUUGUGUAUCACAGUAAUAUGUUUCUGCAUGUAGUUCACAAACUUUGUAAGCUUUUUUUAAAUUUUUCUGUUUUUUUGCU